AUGACAGGCGUCUCAAAAGAUGGCGAGAAUGCCAUUAUCAUUGUCUACGUGCUCACAACCGUCGCCACGAUAUGCGCUGCCAUGCGAUUCAAGAUUCGGUGGCACGGCCAGCUUGGCGCUGACGACUAUCUUCUCGCAUUCUCACUCGUUUUGAUAUGGCUACAAGCAGUCGGGAACACACUUUUGGCUGUCAAAGGUGGCAUGGGCAGGCCGAUGGCGACACUGAGCGAGGGCGAAAUAGAGUGGCUUUUCAAGAUGUUCUAUGCCCCAGAGAUUGGGUACACGCUGCUCACGGGUGUGCUCAAGCUCUCGAUUCUCCUCUCGUACAAGCGCAUCUUUGGCCACAUGCGCAAGAUCCUCGUCUACAUCCACGUGCUCAUGGGGCUUGCGGCUGGCUGGCUAGUGUCGUGCCUGUUUGUCAUCAUCUUCCAGUGCUGGCCCAUCCACAAGGUCUGGAAGCCCCUGACGCCUGGCGGCUGCAUCGACUUGCUGGCCUUUCUGUGGGCGACGAGUGUCUCGAACUUUAUCAUCGACUGGCUCAUUCUGAGCGUGCCCCUGAUUCCCAUCUGGAAGUUACAAAUGACUCCCAUCAAGAAGGUCUUUGUGGCGGGUUCCUUUGCGCUGGGAUCAAUUGCUUGCAUCACGAGUACCGUCCGCGCGGCCGUCACUGGUACGAUAGAUGUGACGGACAUGUCGAAAUCCGUGUUCAUGGCAUCCAUCUGGACUUACAUCGAACCCACUGUCGCCAUCGUCUCCGCCUGCCUUCCCUUCUUCAGCAAGUUCUUCACGGAGAAGGUCAGGAAUAUUGGCACCAAGGGACGCAGCAUGGGCAACAAGUACUCCAAGAACGGUUCCGAUUUUGAGAAGGGGGAGGGCCACAUCACAAAGAAGACAACCACGACGGUGUCCGGAGAGUCGCGCGGCGUGCGCAACCAACACGAGCUGGUGAACUACUCUGUCCGCGUGGGAGCCACACCCGAUGGCCACCUGCGGCUUCACAGCGACUCCAGUACGUCGCUCGUAUAG